GCUACACGAGACGAGACCCUUCUAGCAAACCAAACACCAACGCAAGAGGCGAGAGGCGAAGGAGGGCAUCGUUUACGAGAAGAAAAACCCUGACCUCUUCCCAACUCACCCGCCCCCCCGUCGACUGUUUUCACCCAACUUCUGAACUCCUCCUUCCUUCCACCUUCUGCUCUAACGCCGCGAUCCAAUGGCUUUGCCGAACCAGCAGACGGUUGACUAUCCCAGCUUCAAGCUCGUCAUCGUCGGUGACGGAGGAACGGGAAAGACCACAUUUGUGAAGAGGCAUCUUACUGGCGAGUUUGAGAAGAAGUACGAACCGACUAUUGGUGUGGAAGUUCAUCCCUUGGACUUCUUUACAAACUGCGGAAAGAUUAGGUUCUAUUGCUGGGAUACGGCUGGUCAGGAGAAAUUCGGUGGGCUUAGAGAUGGAUACUACAUCCAUGGGCAAUGUGCGAUUAUUAUGUUUGAUGUUACCGCUCGGUUGACGUACAAGAAUGUUCCUACGUGGCACCGUGAUCUCUGCCGUGUGUGUGAAAAUAUCCCCAUUGUUCUGUGCGGAAACAAGGUCGAUGUCAAGAACCGGCAAGUAAAGGCAAAACAAGUUACGUUCCACAGGAAGAAGAAUCUCCAAUAUUAUGAGAUCUCAGCAAAGAGCAACUACAACUUUGAGAAGCCCUUCCUAUAUCUUGCCAGAAAGCUUGCAGGGGAUCCUAAUCUCCACUUUGUUGAGUCUCCAGCUCUUGCCCCUCCUGAAGUGCAUAUUGACCUGGCUGCACAGCAACAGCACGAAGCUGAGCUCGCUGCUGCUGCUAGUCAGCCUCUCCCUGAUGACGAUGAUGAUGCAUUCGAGUGAAAGGAGGAUAGAGAGGCAUCAAAGCUUUUGUUCUUCUCAUUCUCUUUACCUUUGUUAUGCAUUAUUCAUGCCUAGGUUUCACAAGUUUUCUAGAAUACAUGAAUGGGUUUGCUUAGGUGGUUUAUAUUCAAAUGUCGAGGGUUAUGGGAUGAAAUUAUUUAGUUUUUAGAGCUGCUAUUGGAUCAAUGGUUGUAGGUGAUCGUAGAAGUUAUUUUUUUUAUUAGACGACCGGCUGCAUGAAUGAUUAAGAAGUGUUACCAUCUUUUUUAAUAUUUUGAUUGUGAUCCACGAAUAGAGAGGCUGUUGCCCCCAUUCUAUGGAAUUGACAGACUGGUUGUUAUA